AUGUCAGACACUUUGAUGACAGGGAUCCUGCGCUGCUGCUGCCGCCCUCUGUCCUGCGGGGAGUCCGGGCAGCUUGCCCUGGUGGCUCCAGGGCUCUGCCCGCUGGGUAUCGGGAGCGGGUCGCCCCUGCUCAGCUGGCUUCCUGGCAACUGGGCGGUGGUGCUUCGGGGGGCGAGGUGGGGGACCAGCAGCAGCAGCAGCAGCCACAAGCUUCGCUGGCCCGCCCCGAAGGCCCUUUGGGAAGGCCAGGCUGGAGGCGGGCGGGCGGCGCGGCGCGGCGCGCUCCAGGGACCUGGCGGGAGGGAGCCGGAGGAGGCAUUCAGCUGCGCUGGGGGGGAGAGUGGCGGCCGCCCUCCCCCGCGCGAUCCUGAGGCGGGUUCCGGAAGCGGCGGCAGCUGGGCAGGGCAGGGCAGGGUCGGGCCCCCUCUGGAGACCGGCGGGGCGGGGGAAGCGAAGUAUAUCCGGGGAUCCGCGCUCGGCGACCCUCGUGGGGAGUGGCGGGGGGGGGCGGGAGCGCUCCUCUCCUUGGUGCAUCCGGCGGUGCCCUGGGGCUGCGGCUUACAUAAGCAGCGGCGGGUGCCCGCCUGCGCUCGACGCUGGAGGGGGCGUCGGGAGGCAGCCCCUCCCCUCCUCCCUUGCCUGCCAGCCUCCCUCUCUCCCUCCGGGGGCGGCUCCAGCCCCGCGCUGACGCGAGAGGAGGAGCGGGGGCGGCUGCGUGACGCGGGACUCGGCGCUGCUGCUGUUGCUGCUGCUGCUGCUGCUGGCGGGGCGGCUGGCCUGGAGCGAGCGAGCCGAGCGAGGAGGAGGAGGAGGAGGGACCGCCGGGCGGCGGACUGCAAGCGGGCGCUCGGAAGUGGCGAGCCGGCCAUGCAGCGCUCCGAGGCGGCCGUCCGGGCAGCCUCCCCCGCCCCCGCGCGCCUCUGA